AUGUGCUUCAGCUUCAUAAUGCCUCCUGCUAUGACAGACGUCCUUGACAUCUGGGCAGUGGAUUCACAGACAGCACCUGAUGGCUCCAUAUCUGUGGAUUUCCUUUUGCCCACUGGGAUUUAUAUCCAGUUGGAGGUACCUCGGGAAGCUACUAUUUCUUACAUUAAGCAGAUGUUAUGGAAGCAAGUUCACAAUUACCCAAUGUUUAACCUCCUUAUGGAAAUUGACUCUUACAUGUUUGCAUGUGUGAAUCAAACUGCUGUGUAUGAGGAACUUGAAGAUGAAACACGAAGGCUUUGUGAUGUCAGACCUUUUCUUCCAGUUCUCAAAUUAGUGACUAGAAGUUGUGACCCUGCAGAAAAAUUGGACUCAAAAAUUGGAGUCCUUAUAGGAAAAGGUCUGCAUGAAUUUGAUUCCUUGAAGGAUCCUGAAGUGAAUGAAUUUCGAAGAAAAAUGCGUAAAUUCAGUGAGGAAAAGAUUCAGUCUCUUGUGGGAUUAUCGUGGAUUGAUUGGUUAAAGCAUACAUACCCACCAGAGCACAAGCCAUCCAUCCUGGAAAACCUGGAAGAUAAACUUUACGGAGGAAAGCUAAUCGUGGCUGUUCAUUUUGAAAAUAGCCAGGAUGUGUUUAGCUUUCAAGUAUCUCCUAAUUUGAAUCCCAUCAAAAUAAAUGAAUUGGCAAUCCAAAAACGUUUGACUAUUCGUGGAAAGGAAGAUGAAGCCAGUCCCUAUGACUUUGUGUUACAAGUCAGCGGGAGAGUAGAAUAUGUGUUUGGUGACCACCCACUAAUUCAGUUCCAGUAUAUCCGGAACUGUGUAAUGAAUAGGACCCUGCCCCAUUUUAUCCUCGUGGAAUGCAGCAAAAUCAAGAAAAUGUAUGAGCAAGAAAUGAUUGCCAUAGAAUCUGCCAUAAAUCGAAAUCCAUCCAACCUUCCUCUUCCUUUACCACCAAAGAAAACACGAAUUAUUUCUCAUGUUUGGGACAAUAACAAUCCUUUCCAAAUUGUCUUGGUUAAGGGAAAUAAACUUAACACAGAAGAAACUGUAAAAGUUCAUGUCAGGGCUGGUCUUUUUCAUGGAACUGAGCUCCUGUGUAAAACCAUUGUAAGCUCAGAGAUAUCAGGAAAAAAUGAUCAUAUUUGGAAUGAACCACUGGAGUUUGAUAUUAAUAUCUGUGACUUACCAAGAAUGGCUCGAUUAUGUUUUGCUGUUUAUGCAGUUUUGGAUAAAGUAAAAACAAAGAAGUCAACUAAAACUAUUAAUCCUUCUAAAUAUCAGACCAUCAGGAAAGCUGGAAAAGUGCACUAUCCUGUAGCAUGGGUAAAUACCAUGGUCUUUGACUUCAAAGGACAGUUGAGGUCUGGAGAUGUAAUACUGCACAGCUGGUCUUCAUUUCCUGAUGAGCUUGAAGAGAUGUUGAAUCCAAUGGGAACGGUUCAGACGAAUCCGUAUACUGAAAAUGCCACCGCUUUGCAUAUUAAGUUUCCAGACAAUAAAAAACCUUACUAUUACCCUCCCUUCGAUAAGAUUAUUGAAAAAGCAGCCGAGAUUGCGAGCAGUGAUAGCGCCAAUGUAUCAAGUCGAGGUGGAAAAAAGUUUCUUGCUGUACUGAAAGAAAUCCUGGACCGGGAUCCCUUGUCUCAGCUGUGUGAGAACGAAAUGGACCUUAUUUGGACUUUGCGACAAGACUGCAGAGAAAAUUUCCCACAGUCACUACCAAAAUUACUCCUGUCAAUCAAGUGGAAUAAACUUGAAGAUGUUGCUCAGCUUCAGGCACUCCUUCAGAUUUGGCCUAAACUGCCUCCCAGGGAAGCUCUGGAGCUCCUGGAUUUCAACUAUCCAGACCAGUAUGUCCGGGAAUAUGCUGUGAGCUGCCUACGACAGAUGAGUGAUGAAGAACUCUCUCAAUAUCUUUUACAAUUGGUGCAAGUUUUAAAAUAUGAGCCUUUUCUUGAUUGUGCCCUCUCUAGAUUUCUCCUAGAAAGAGCACUUGCUAAUCGGAGGAUAGGGCAGUUUCUAUUUUGGCAUCUUAGGUCAGAGGUGCAUAUUCCUGCUGUGUCUGUACAGUUUGGUGUCAUUCUUGAAGCAUACUGUCGAGGAAGCAUAGGACACAUGAAAGUGCUUUCCAAGCAGGUUGAAGCCCUCAAUAAAUUAAAAACUUUAAACAGCUUAAUCAAAUUAAAUGCCAUGAAGUUAAACAGAGCCAAAGGAAAGGAGGCCAUGCAUACCUGUUUAAAGCAGAAUGCUUACCGGGAAGCCCUCUCUGACCUACAGUCACCUCUGAAUCCAUGUGUCAUCCUCUCAGAGCUCUAUGUUGAAAAGUGCAAAUACAUGGAUUCCAAAAUGAAGCCUUUGUGGCUGGUCUACAACAACAAAGUAUUUGGUGAGGAUUCAGUUGGAGUGAUUUUUAAAAAUGGUGAUGAUCUACGACAGGACAUGUUGACACUCCAGAUGCUACGCUUGAUGGAUUUACUCUGGAAAGAAGCUGGUUUGGAUCUUCGGAUGCUGCCCUAUGGCUGUUUAGCAACAGGAGAUCGCUCUGGCCUCAUUGAAGUUGUGAGCACCUCAGAGACAAUUGCUGACAUUCAGCUGAACAGUAGCAAUGUAGCUGCCGCAGCAGCCUUCAACAAAGAUGCCCUUCUGAACUGGCUUAAAGAAUACAACUCUGGGGAUGAUCUAGACAGAGCAAUUGAGGAGUUUACCCUGUCCUGUGCUGGCUACUGUGUAGCUUCUUAUGUCCUUGGAAUUGGUGACAGACACAGUGAUAACAUCAUGGUGAAGAAAACUGGCCAGCUCUUCCACAUAGACUUUGGACAUAUUCUUGGAAAUUUCAAAUCUAAAUUUGGCAUUAAAAGGGAGCGAGUACCUUUUAUUCUUACUUAUGACUUCAUUCAUGUCAUUCAACAAGGAAAAACAGGAAACACAGAAAAGUUUGGCAGAUUUCGCCAGUGCUGUGAAGAUGCAUAUCUGAUUUUACGAAGGCAUGGGAAUCUCUUCAUUACCCUGUUUGCACUGAUGUUGACUGCAGGGCUUCCCGAGCUCACAUCAGUCAAAGAUAUACAGUAUCUUAAGGACUCUCUUGCCUUAGGAAAGAGUGAAGAAGAAGCGCUCAAACAAUUUAAGCAAAAAUUUGAUGAGGCACUCAGGGAAAGCUGGACUACUAAAGUGAACUGGAUGGCUCACACAGUUCGGAAAGACUACAGAUCCUAACGAUCAGCCUUGGCUCCUAACAUACGUGUUAGCCUGUUUCCUUUUCAUUUUGCACUUGCACUAAAUUGAACAUGACCCUGCCAGAAAUGUAAAGGGAAUGAAAUCCUGAGACUCAGUUAAAUUAAGAACAAAGCAUCCCACAGAGCCGACUCUGAACCACCCUGAUGCCCACCCUCUGCUUUUUGAAUGCUUCCAGGACUCACUAUGAACACUGUCCACAGCAUGGAGAAUCCUUUCUUGCUGACUUUGCACUCCAAGGAAUGCUACUAGGGAUUGUUUGGUAUCUUUUUUCCUUUAGUAUUUGGUACUUUACCAGAAAGGUGUAAAUACUUCUUUUCAGUGUUUUGACCAAGUGUUGCCACUCAGCCAACAACUUACCUAAAUUUGGGGGCUGGGAGCUGAUCUUACUUUCCAAAUGAGGCUUCAGAGAAAGGUAUCUUCCUUCCCUUUUUAAAUUGUGUAAACUAUAAAUUACAUUUAUUAUUUUGAUCUUAUUAUUUUUCAAAAGAAAUCUUUUAAGCCUGUGAAAACUCACUACUUUUGUUAAUAUUUAUCUAACAAGAGCGUCAUUCCAGCCAGACUUGCUGAAAAUCUAUUGGUGAGGCAAACAUAGUAUAUAUAUAUAUAUAUAUAAUAUAUAUACACACAUAUAUUAUAUAUAUAGAUAUAGAUAUGCUGCAUAUAUAUUUAUAAGAUUUGUAGUGGGAGUUCUAUAUAAAAAGAUGUUUCUUUGGUGUUCUCCAGCCUGUGUUUAAUUUUCAGUUAACUGUGUGAUCCAGUUCUUCCAUCUGCUUCUGUAUUGAGGCACAUGAAUACAGUUUCUAUAUGUAGCUAUGAAGGUGUUUAUUUCAUAGAACAUAAUACUUGAGCAAAUGUAUCCAAGAAAGCAAGCAAAUGAAAAGAAAUCUAUUUAUGGAAUAAAUUCCAAACUUAAAUUUCAGUAUUUUAGUAAUAUGCCAGCUGUUCUUACUGUAUUUAUUAAAACUUAUAAUAAUGUGAUUUUUCAAUGGUAUUAGUUCAAAUUGAAAUGGUUUCAUGCCACAUGGAAAUCUUUAAUUUAUUUGUUGAGGUACCAUACAGUCAGGGUGCUAGGUGACGGAUGUUUAUAUGUGCAAUAGGAGCUACUGGUUUGAAUGUGUAAAUGAAUGCUUUUCUGAGGACUGGCAAAGUGCAUGCUUUCGCAGCACAUAUACCGAGUACUGGCAAGAUCCAGCGAAACUACUGCUUAUUCUCCAAAGAAAAUUUAGGAGCCCUAUCCUCAGUGACAUGGGACAGACAACUGAGUACUUGCCCUGUGACUUGAGUUUUCUAUAGGAAUUUUAUUAAAGAUUGUUUAAUUUUGUUGACCUUCUUAAUGUUCUCAGUCAAAUAAAUGGGUGAGCUGGUUUCGGCUGUUUUGGAAUAUGUGGGCCUCUUCU